AUGAUCCGCGAAAAGGAGUAUAAUGUGGUUGUUACGGCUUGUGCUCCGUUUAAGAAGAACGAAACAAAUCCAACAAAAGACCUCAAAGUCAAACUACCGCCUCGGAUCGAGCGUCAGGGGCGUAUUCCCAUUAAAAUUAUCAAGUACCCCAUUGACUUCAGAAAUGUGAUCAAAGAUAUGGAAAUCAUUCCGGAUCUUUGGAGCGGUAAAAAGAAGGUCUAUGAACCGGGUUCCAGAGAAGGUCAAAAAAUAUACAUUGAUGCAAUGCUCCAUCUAGGCAUGAAUUUUUCCGACUCCUGGCAGAUUGAAAAAAGGGCACGGCGCGACGGCUAUGAUUGGGUUGGCGAUGAUGGAGUACCACUACCCAAGCAUAAUGGCGGGAAGGAAGGAAGAUGGGAAGGUAUACCCAAAGUUCUAACACCCGUCUUCGAUGUCGAUCAUAUUGCAAGGCGAUUGCACAAAGAUCUCCCGAACACACCAACAGAGACUUCUACAGAUGCUGGUCUCAUGUAUUGUGAAUUUAUAUACUUCACUUCACUUGCUACGCUGUACGAAGCGGGCGAGACCCCUCGGGCGUUGUUCUUGCACCAUGCAGGGUUGAAAACUACGGAGGAUGACAUUGAAGAUGGGGUUCAAGUCGCAAUCUCGGUCAUUUGUUCAAUGAUAGAUCAACUAGAAGCUUCACGGGGAGUUGUGAUGCAGUAUAAUAAGCACACCAUGGAAGAAGUACCGGAACCUCUAAGUCUCUCUAGGGCCCUUGGCACAUUCAGAUUGUAA